CAAAAAUAAUUAGCAUUAAAACAGACUUUUAAUAUUUGAGAAGAUAGAGGAAAAGAUGCCACGCGACAGCAAGAAUGAUUGGCGCGAUAUCGGUCUUGUACCGCUGGAUCCUAUUCAAGAGGCCAUGGGCUCUAUGGGCCCAUGGCACAUUGUAAUCACUGUAGCAAUCUCCCUCGUCAAAUUUCCAGUAGCUUGGCAUCAGCUUUCCAUCGUGUUUCUUGCUCCGCCUACUAAUUUCACCUGCAUCGCUCCUUCAUCAGCAAAUCUGAACGAAUCCAUGACAAUGAAAUGUGAGGUUGACAUUGGGAAUGGCACUAUAGAAAAGUGCACCGACUUCAAGUACAAUAGGCGAAUAUUUCGAGAAAGUAUUAUAACGGAGUGGAACUUAAUAUGUGAUAGAGCGCAACUAGCAAAUUUUGCACAAUCCUGUACAAUGUUUGGCGUGCUCAUCGGUAAUUUAAUUUUCAGCAUGAUGGCUGACAGAGUUGGUCGAAAGAAACCGUUAAUGAUCGCAAUCGCAUUGCAAUCAGUGGCAGGAUUUGCAAGCGCAUUCGCACCGUGGUAUGAAUUAUUCUUGGUUCUCAAAUUCAUCUGUGCUGUAUCUACUGGCGGAACGAUGGUCGUCAGCUUUGUUUUACUUAUGGAGAUCAUUGGAAUUGAAUGGCGAUCGAUUAUGUCAGUUCUGUAUCACGUACCGUUUUUACUCGGACAUUUAACGAAUCCUCUGAUAUCCUAUUUAACACGUACAUGGUACGGAUUUCAAAUGGCGGUUUCAAUACCAUCAAUUUUCUUAUUGGCGUAUUACUGGGUUAUUCCAGAAUCACCAAGAUGGCUUCUAGUUAUGGGCAAACCUAGACAGGCAGAACAAAUUUUAAUAAAAGCUGCCGAACGAAAUAGUAUACCGAUAGAAAAUGUAAAGUUAGCGCUUGAAGCUCAUGAAAACCUAAUAACAACCCGACACACGAAGAGUGCCGAGAAAUACAAUAUCACGCAUUUAUUUAGAACUUCAAACUUGAGACUGAAAACUAUAUACAUACUCGUCAAUUGGUUCGUUUGUGGUGGAUGUUUCUUUGGAUUAGCGCAAUACAUGGGUCAAUUAGAUGGCAACAUAUUUAUUAAUAUCGCAGUUUCUGCUGCCAUGCAAUUUCCUGGAACUAUAAUAGUAUUGUUUCUGAUAUCGCGAGUUUCGCGUUUAAAAAUUUUGAUCGGAGGAAACAUUUUGUCUGGCGUGAGUUUACUUCUAAUAACUCUCGUAGUUAACGCAAAUGUCCGGAUAUUUUUGGCAUCUUUGGGUCUUGUGGGUAUGGCUAUUAGUUUUCCCACAGUAUAUCUGUACAGUGGUGAAGUGUUUCCGACUGUUGUAAGAAAUAUUGGCGUUGGCUUGGGAAGUAUCUCUGCCAGAAUCGGAAGUAUGAUUGCACCAUACAUUGCCACAAUGGGUACUAUACAACCUUGGUUGCCUCCAGUAAUAUUUGGUUUAGGCCCGAUAAUAGGCGCCAUGCUUUGUUUAUUUUUACCAGAAACGAUGAACUGCGAAUUGCCCGAAACAAUAGAAGAUGCUGAAAAUUUUGGAAAGAAUAAAUUAGAAGAACAUUGACAAAAUUGAUGUUUAACAUAUGCAUUGGAUUAUAUUUUUCAUAAUUGAAUAUCAUAUAACUUAGGACAUAUAAUUUAGAAUUACAGGUUAAAUUCAAUCAUCUAAAAUAUUGCAUUAAAAUUAAUAUUGCAUUAUAAUAUGUAAUAUUAUAAUAUAAUAUUGCAAUAAUAUUAUUUUUUAUAAAACCAUCAGUCUAUACAAAAGAUUGGUAAUUUAUUAUAAUUUUUUAAAUAUACUGUAAUAGUGAAAUCAUAUGUUUAAAAAUAGAGAAAAUUUUCAUAAAUUAUAUUGUCCAUAUGAGUGAUAUGAUACCAAUGUUAUAUAUCAUAUUUAUAGAAAAAAUAUAACAAUAUUGAACAUAA